AGGAGCUUGCCCCCGUCCUCCUCCCGCUCCCCCAGUCCGAGCUUUGUGUCGCUAGCAGCAUGUCGCGGGUUUACAUCGGCCGCCUGAGCUACAGAGCCCGGGAGAAGGACGUGGAGAGGUUCUUCAAGGGCUACGGGAAGAUCCUGGAGGUGGACCUGAAGAACGGGUAUGGGUUUGUUGAAUUUGAUGACCCCCGUGAUGCUGAUGACGCUGUGUAUGACCUGAAUGGCAAAGAGCUGUGUGGGGAGAGGGUGAUAGUGGAGCACACGAAGGGGCCCCGGCGAGAUGGAGGCUAUGGUGGGAGGAGUGAUAUGGUGAAACCUCGUGGGGCUGAGGGUGGAUAUGGACGCUGGGGAGGAAGAGACCGGUACGGUCCACCUGUAAGGACGGAUUACCGGCUCAUUGUCGAGAAUCUUUCCAGUCGCUGCAGCUGGCAAGACCUGAAGGACUACAUGAGACAGGCGGGGGAGGUGACUUAUGCCGACACCCACAAAGGCCGCAGGAACGAGGGCGUGAUCGAGUUCAGGCAGUACUCCGACAUGAAGAGAGCUCUGGAGAAACUCGACGGCACUGAGGUCAACGGCAGAAAGAUCCGGCUCAUCGAGGACCGGCCUGGCGCCAAGCGCCGCCGCUCUUACUCCCGCAGUCGCAGCCGCUCCAGGUCUCGCUCCAGGAGUCGCAGGUCCCACAAGAGCCGCAGCCGCAGUGACAGCAGCAGUCGCAGCCGCUCUCGUUCCAGGGCAGCUUCUCGCUCUCGCAGCCGCUCUCACAGCAAGAAGAGUAAGAGCAAGAGCAAGAAGGAGGAAGAGGAGCGCAGCAACGGCGCCCAGAAGGACGACGACCACAGCAGGAGCCGCAGCCCCAAGAGCAAAAAGAGCAAGAAAGACGGGAAGAAGGGCAAGAGGGAUUCCCAGUCCCGCUCCAGGUCCAGAUCCCGCUCCCGUUCUCGCUCCAGGUCUCGCUCCAGGUCGGAGGUCAAAGAUCGCUCCAGGAAAUCUGUCUCCAAGACAGACGAUCAGCCCAAGAGCGACGACGAGGCGCCGGGGCCCGAGAGGGCGUCCCGGUCCAGGUCCCGGUCCCGCUCCCCCGACGAGUCCAGAGCCAGGUCCAAAUCCAAGUCCAAGUCCCCCUCCCCCGCCAAAGUCCGCUCACGCUCGGCCUCGCGCUCCGAGUCCCGCUCCAAAUCCCGCUCCAAGUCCCGUUCCAAAUCCCGCUCCAAGUCCCGUUCCAAAUCCCGUUCCAAGUCUCGCUCCAAAUCCCGUUCCAAAUCCCGCUCCAAGUCCCGCUCCCCGUCCCGCUCUCGUUCCCGCUCCCGCUCCUAGUCCCGACUCUGGACUGUGUGGCCCCCCUGUAUUUACAUUCCCCCUGACCCCCCCGCCCCCCCCGUCUCCCGUUUUUGAUAAGUAGCUGUAGAUCACAGACGCUCGUGCUCCUCGUCUUUUCUGCACACGCUCCUCGUCCUUUUUGGUUUUUGGUUAGAGGCGUUUGUAAAGUCACCAGGUGCGGUCUGAGUUUUAUAAGUUGAAAUGAUGGUAUGUGUCUUAACCUUUUUUUUAAUUGGACGUAGAAGUGUAUUUGUUGAUAGUUGUGGUGGGAACACAUGAAAGAACAUCUCACCUCUGUGAAAUUCUUGUAUCCUUUAGUUUCAGAUUAAAAGCCUUUUCUUCUGGA